CGACCGGUCGCAGAGACAUGGAGGCAGGGACUUGGAUCCGGACGGGUUUGCUGCUCUCGCUCGCGCUGCCGAGCGACGUGAACGCCGACGCAGCCAACGCAUCUGCAGGUGCGGUUCCGGCGUGCUCCACGUGGGGACGCUCCCACUGGCGCACGGCCGACGGCGCCACCUUUCGCCUGCCGUCGGCGUGCAACCACCGCCUGGCGGCCGACUGCCGCGGCGCCUACGAGAGCUUCGACGUGCAGAUGCGGCGGCGGGCGGCCGACGGCGACGGCGCCAUCCGGGCCGUCCUGAUGAGGCUGGACCGAGACGUGCUGGAGCUGCGCGCGGACGGCGGCGUGCGCGUCAACGGCAAAAGUGUGCGACUUCCUGCGGCGAAGCCGGGAAUGAUGAUCAAGAAAAUGUCGUCGAGGGUCCUCGUCAGCUCCAAACUGGGAAUACGACUCGUCUGGAACCUCAACGACGCCCUGAGCAUCGAGAUUGACAGAAAAUAUGCAGGUUCGAUUUGCGGACUUUGCGGAAACUUCGACGGAAUCAACGACGAGUUGCUGAAAGACGGCGUGCCGCUUCCUGUCGCCGACUACGCCGACCGGCACAAAGUCGGCGGACCGGCGGAGACGUGCGAGGACGAGGAGCGAGACCGAGACGAGCCCGCCGUCGAUCAAAACUGUGCCGACAAGGAGUUGUGCACGCAGGCGUUGUCGGGCGCAGCGUUCGGCAGCUGUCGGAAUGUAGCGGACACGGACGCCUUCGUCCGAGCGUGCGCGGCCGACGCCUGCCACGCGGCCGCGCACGACGCUUCGCACAUUUUGACAGCCGUCUGUCAAAGCGUGUCCGAGUUCUCACGACACUGCGUCCGCGGCGGAGGUGUGCCGGGAACGUGGAGGAACGCCACCUUUUGCCACCGGGAGUGCACGUCCCGCAUGGCGUUCGCGGAGUGCGCCCCCUCCUGUCCGGACAGCUGCAGCGACCCUCAGGCCAGCCGAACCUGCGACACACGAUGUCACGACGGCUGCAGCUGCCCCCCCGGCACGGUGCUGGACGACAUCGGCGACUCGGGCUGCGUGGCCGUCCACCAAUGUCCUUGCGCGCACAACCGGCAGGUGUACCCGGCCGGACACGCCUACUCGCACGACUGCGGAUCAUGCGUGUGCGAGGACGGCCGCUGGAGGUGCUCGGAGGACGGCGAGUGUCCGGGGAGCUGCUCCGUGGAGGGCGGAGCUCACGUCAACACCUUUGACGGCAAAGUCUACACUUUCCAUGGAGAGUGCACGUACGUGCUAGCCAAGAGUAACGAUUCGUCGUACACGGUCUUGGUGGAUCUGGUCCAAUGUGGCGUUGCGGACGGUAGGACUUGUCUGCGGGCGGUCACUCUGGCCUUGAACGGCAACUCUGUGGUGGUGAAGAUUCAAGCUUCCGGGCAGGUGUACAUCAACAAUAUCCUUUCCCAACUUCCUUUCUUCACACCCGAGCUGAGCGUCUUCCGUCCGUCGUCCUUCUACGUGUUGAUCGGCGCCGGUCCGGGUCUGCGGCUCACGCUGCAGAUUUCUCCCAUCAUGCAACUGUUCCUGUCCGCGCCCGCCUCGCUCAAAGGAAGCACCACAGGCUUGUGCGGCGACUUCAACGACGUGAUGAGCGACGACUUCCGCGUGCCGAGCGGUCUGGUCGAGGGCGCCGCCGCCGCCUUCGCCAGCACGUGGAAGACUCGAGCCGCCUGCCCCGACGUCAGGACGCGCUUCGGACACCCGUGUGCUCACGGCAUUAGCAAGGAGAGCUACGCUCAGUACUGGUGCUCCAAACUGACUGAUCCCAGUUCGGCCUUCGCCGCUUGCCACUCGGUGGUCAGUCCAGACACCUUCAGAGACAACUGCAUGUACGACGCCUGCACGUGUGAGCAAAGCGAGUCGUGCAUGUGCGCCGCCGUGUCCGCCUACGUGUACGCGUGCUCUGCGGCGGGAAUCCAGAUCAGCGGCUGGAGGAGCGACGUCUGUGGCCGCCUGUCCUCGUGCCCGGCGGGCACGGUGUACGACUACAACAUGACCAGCUGCGGCCGCACGUGCCGCUCGCUGAGCGGGCCGGACGGGGCGUGCCGGGCGCGCUUCGUGGCGGUGGACGGAUGCGGCUGCGCCCAAGGAAGCUACAUGGAUGAGAGCGGGCGUUGCGUGGCCGCCGCGCAGUGCCCGUGUUACCUGGACGAUGACAUCAUCCCGCCCGGACAGGCCGUCAACCACCAGGGAGGCACAUGCAUCUGCAGACACGGCGCCCUCAGCUGCUCCGGAGGGGCAAGUGCACCCUCCCACCGGUGCGCGGCCCCCAAAGUCUACUUGAACUGUUCCGCGGCCCCUCUGGGCUCCACGGGCGCCGAAUGUGAGAGGAGCUGCGGCACCGUGGACACCUUGGCGUGUGUGAGUCCACGCACGCACGCACGCACGCACACGCGCGCACAGCUGAAAACAAGGCGAGCCGUUUCCGUGGUUUCCCCCUCCCCCCAGAUCAGCGGCGGCUGUGUCUCGGGCUGCGUGUGUCCCGACGGUCUGGUUUCCGACGGGCUCGGGGGCUGCGUCGACGCCGGCAGAUGCCCGUGCGUCCACAACGGUCACGCCUACCGGCCCGGGCACGUCCUCCGAGUGGACUGCAACACCUGCACGUGCACAGGCAGAAGGUUCACGUGCACGAGCAAGCUGUGCGACGGUGUGUGCGGUAUCUACGGCGGCGGCCAUUACAUCACCUUUGACGACAAGCGGUUCGCCUUCCACGGACAGUGCGAACACACGCUCGUGCAGGACUACUGCGGCCACAACGAGACAACGGGAAGCUUCCGGAUUAUCAGCGAGAACGUUCCGUGCGCAAGCUCACCGACGGCAACCUGCUCCAAGAACAUCAAGAUCUUCAUUCAGGAUGAUGAAGAAUUCCACCUGACGGAGGAAAGGUUCCACGUAAUCCGGAGCCACCGGCUGGUUUUUCCGGCGCAGGUGCGUCAGAUGGGCGUCUACAUGGUGGUCACCAUCAAACCGGGAGUCGUCAUCAUGUGGGACAAGAAGACCUCUGUCUUCAUCAAACUGGCGCCAGACUAUCGAGCUAGGGUGUGCGGCCUGUGCGGCAACUAUGACGGAAACAUCCGCAACGACCUGGCCAAGCGGUCCGGAGACAGGGUUACCGACGUGCUCGAGUUCGGGAACAGUUGGGCGGUGUCUGGGUCCGGCUGCUUCGACGCCGCCCGCCCCGUUCCGGUGCCUGACCCGUGCCGCGCCAACCGAUACCGUGCCGCAUGGGCGCAGAUGCAGUGCAGCGUCAUCAUCGGCGUCACCUUCAACACCUGUCACUUGCGGGUCGAUCCUGGUCCGUACUAUGACGCGUGCGUGCGUGAUUCGUGCGCGUGCGACAGCGGUGGCGACUGCGAAUGUUUGUGCACGGCGGUGGCAGCCUACUCCAAGGCUUGUAAUGAGGCCGGCGCUUGUGUACGAUGGAGAACGCCCAAAUUCUGCCCCAUCUUCUGCGACUACUACAACACCCCUGGAGGCUGCGAGUGGCACUACAAGCCGUGUGGAGCGGACUGCAUGAAGACCUGCAGGAAUCCUUCUGGAAGUUGUUCUCAGCUCAUCAGCGGUCUGGAAGGAUGUUACCCUCAGUGUCCUCCCAGUCGUCCGUACUUCGACGAGGACAGCAUGACUUGCGUGUCGUGGGAUCAAUGUGGUUGCUAUGACAACCAGGGCGCCCAUUACGUCGUGAGCGAGGCGGUUCCUGCGGAUAACUGUCACACUUGCUUGUGUACGGCGUCUGGAAUACAGUGUAUCUACAACGUAAACACCUGUUCGUGCUUCAUCAACGGCAAAACAUACGCUUACGGCGCCACUAUCUACAACACGACGGACGGGCUGGGAAACUGCAUCACAGCAACGUGCGGAACCAACGGGACUGUGAGCCGGAACGUUGAGCUGUGUUUCACAACCGCCAGCCCUGCACCGCAGACAACACCGUUUACCUUCAGCACAGCGGGAAUGACAACGAACGUUGUUACUCUGACACCAUCAAUAACUACAAAGGUAACCACACAAAAAACCACACAGGAAGAAAAAACAACAGUAAAGGGGAAAACUACAGCAGCUUCUUUCACAACCACAAGAGGACCAACCACCAGACCUCAAGAAACAACCACCAGAAAGGGAACAACAGUAAAGACAGACACAACACCACCACCAAGAAACACCACUAGUCCGACAACCACUUCUACCACAGUUGUUGGAGAAACAACUACCUUCGUACCAGCAACCGAAGAAGGAACUACCACCAGAUCUGGAGAAACAACCACCACGGAGGGAACUACAGUAAAGAGUGAGACCACACACAGAGUCACUACUGGUCCAACAACCAUUUCUACCACAUUUGUUGGUGAAACAACAACAGCUACACAAUACACAGGAACAACAUUCCAACCGUCGUUUAGUACCACAACCACCAAAGGUCCAACCACAAUCAAAGGGGAAAGUACCACCAGACGUGCAGAAACGACAACUGGUGAGAGAAAAACUGUACAGAGUGAGACAACAACGCAACCGAAAUUUACAACUGGCUCAACAACCGAGGCAACCACAGUUUUUGGGAAAACUACAAUACCAGGUUUUACAACUAAUGACAACAAAGCAACAACAUCCCAACCGUUUGUCAGCCACACCACUACCAAAGUUCCAACAAAAACAUCAAGUAGAACUAGCACCACCCCUGGAGAGACAACCACCAGAGAGGGAACAACACUGAAUAGUGAGGCUACAACAACACUCAGAUUCUCCACUGUCCUAACAACCAAUGCAACACUUUUUACAACAACAUCCCAACCCUCUAGUAGUACUACCAGAGUAUUCUCAACCACUGAGGGUGUUUUCACUGGAGGGCCACAAACAACUGUUGUGAUUACAAAACCUUCACUUAUAAGCACAACUAUUUUGACUCCAACACCUGUUCUCGGGACAACCGUUAUCAGACCCAUAACACAAACACUUCCCGACACUGUGACUGUGUCCACAAGUGGAACAACCACAACUGGUCAAGCCAGAACAACAGCCUCUACGUCUUCACUUCCGUUUACCACGACAUUGUGUUCCUGCUUUUUCAACGGAACUACAUACCUUCCUGGUGAUUUUGUGUACAAUGUGAGUGACGGUUUAGGUUGGUGUUUUGUUGCGUAUUGCAAUGCAUUUUGUAAAGUGGAGACACGAUUCAGUCUGUGUCCGACGCACGCACCAAGCACCACUGCGGAGUCUACUUCCUCAGAGUCUAGGGCCACCACCACAGCGGCCUCACGUUCAACAACCACCACCUUCCCUUCCACUACCGUCCUCGACUGCUCUCAACUGUUUCCACCCAGAAAGAAUGGAGAGUCCUGGAAAGUGGACAACUGCACCUUGGGUACCUGUGUCAAUGGAGUGGUCACAGAGUCAACGACAGCCUGUCCUACCACGCAACCAUUAAUCUGCACCAACGGAAGGAAAGCCGUCAAGGUCUAUGAUGACAGCAGAUGCUGCUUCCACUAUGAAUGUCAAUGUGUGUGCAGCAUCUGGGGUGAGUCUCACUUCAUGACCUUUGAUGGCAAGUCUUACAGCUUCCACGGGAACUGCUCUUACUACCUGGUCAAGGAGAUCAUAGCAAAGCACGAGCUGACCGUGGUGAUCAACAACCACGACUGCAACCUCCUGGACAGCAGUUUUUGUCCUCAGGCUCUCAACAUCACUUACAAAUCCUACCGAGUGCUGCUAACGCAGAGGAAGACUUCGGGACUUGUCAGCAAUGUGGCGUUCGUGAACCAGAAACAGAUUUUUUCUGACUGGAGUAACUCAGUUCUGCGUCUGACCGGGAGGGAGCUGAUGAUCAUACUGGAGAUCCCAGAAAUCCAGAGCCAGGUGCGCUACAGGGGCUCGUCCUUCAGCAUCCACCUGCCAAACUCCCUGUUUGCCGGAAACACAGAGGGACAGUGUGGGACGUGCGACAACUCCCAGUACAACGACUGCCGCUCCCCCAACGGUCAGGUGGAGAGCUGCUCCGAGUCGGCCGACCGUUGGCUCGUCCCAGGAACGCCCUGUGGCGUCACCCCCACCGGGUCGCCAGUUACCACGGCAACAGCCGGAGCGACCACGUCGGAGCCGUCCGCCUCGCCCACGCAAACUUCCUGCAAACCGGCCAUCUGCGACCUGAUCACCAGCAGCGUGUUUGCGGGGUGCCACGUCCUGGUGCCUCCGGAACCUUUCUUUGCGUCAUGCGUGUUGGACAUCUGCGGCGGCGGCAACCACUCCUGCUCCAGUUUGGAGGCGUACGCCACCCAGUGUUCAAGUGAGGGAAUAUGUGUGGACUGGAGGAACCGCACCGAGGGCCAGUGUGAACUCGUGUGUCCCAGCAACAAAGUCUACAUGGCAUGUGGCCCCCUGGUGGAGCCCACGUGCAAUGACAGGUACAACAGGAGGUUCCAGGUCCAGUCAAACGGCACCAAGGAGGGCUGCUUCUGUCCGCAGGACUCCAUCUUGUUCAACAGUGUUUACGACACGUGCGUCACUUCGUGCGAUUGUGUGGGACCGGAUGGCAAACCCAAACAGGCGGGCGACAUGUGGACAAGCGACUGCAACACGUGCCGUUGUGACGGCGACUCGCUGAGCGUCCUCUGCCAGCCCGUCCGGUGCCCGCCGGCCCUCGGCGACCUCACCUGCGGCCGACCCGGCCAGCAGCUGACCACCGCCGUUGACGGGUGCUGCGCCGUGCAGUCGUGCGAAUGUAACGCCGACUUGUGCCCACCGCCGCUGAGCUGCUCGCCGGGUUUCAGUCUCAAUUUCACAAAUGAGACUUGCUGCCAUGCGUACACCUGCGAGCCCAAAGGUGUGUGUGUCUACAACAUGACGGAGUACAAGCCUGGUGCCAAGAUAAUGACGACGCGAGCGUCUGCCGCACUUUUAAGCGUUUCCAAGCCGCUCGGACAAACAACAGCAGCGCCCCGGUCAGGACCGAAGUUUGCCGCCGCGAACGGGUGUGAAGAGUGUGUCUGCGGAGACGUCGCCGAUCCUCACACGGGACUCAACAGCAUCACCUGCACGCCCGUCACGUGCGACCGCAACUGCUCUCAGGGCUUCCAAUACCAACGUGCGGCAUCGCAAUGUUGUGGCACUUGUGUCCAAACCAGCUGCGUUGCGGUCACUCCCGACAACACGACACACGUCAUAGCGGUGAACAGCACGUUCUUGUGGCCCGGUGACGCCUGCACGACGUUCACGUGCCAACGCGUCAACGGGCACCUGGUUACCAAGGAGACCAAGACCACCUGCCCCCCCUUCGACACACUGUACUGCAAACCAGGCAGCGAGACGACGGACGCUCGCGGCUGCUGUCGACGUUGUGAGCUGCGCGACGUGUGCCAAGUGCGGACGCGAGCGAGCGUCCUGGAGGCGAACGGAUGUCGCAGCAGCGGACCCGUCAACGUCACUUCCUGUGCCGGACGCUGCGGGAGCUCGUCCAUGUACUCUGCGGCCGCCAACGCCAUGACUCGCCAGUGCGAGUGUUGCCGCGAGAGCGCCACCGGCAGGCGGGAGGUGGAACUAACCUGCCCCGACGGAUCCACGCUGCGGCACAGCGCCACCGUGGCGGAAGCGUGUCACUGCACUGCGACGGCCUGCCUGGAGGCGCCGACCUCCAGAGGGUCGCCCGUGAGCCCCCUCGAUGACUGAAGCCUUCGUCCACAUCCAAUCCAAUAAAGAACAUUGAUGCAGCAGGA